GAAUAUCCUGAUUUAUAUCUGUUCAGAUUUCAUGAGCUACACAUAAAUUUGUGGUUUCGGAGUGAAAGUGUGCGCAAAAUGUCUCGAUGUCUUGGGAUAUUGGAGACGGGAGCCUCUGAUGACAUGGUCAACAACACUGAGGGCGCACGGAUUCUUCGCUUCAUCUAUGAGUAGACGACCUACUACCGACUUCUUUCACGUCACCCCGCCCGUCUGCCUGUCGUCUCCUCCCUAAAACCUUUACUGCGACCAUCCCUUUGAGUGACUCUGUGGUGAGAGGGAAAAAAGAGAGUGGGAGAGACAAAGUGAGAGAGCUAAAAUACAUGCAGACUCCCAACAUCACCUACACUACCUGCUCCAGCUCAACAAGGGGAAGAGGACGCACAAGUGCAGGCGCGUCCAUGCGUGCCAGCCGAACAAGACAAUAAGCGGGCAAAGGACCACAAAUCCAAAAUUGGAAUAAGAGUUUAUCCUGAGAACUCUUUGGAAAAGAGCACGGCUUUGCUACAAGAAGAAGGCAGCCUAAAUGAGUACAUUGUAAGAAGAGUCAUGCAUCUCAACAGAGAAGAAGAUAACAGCAAAGGCUCAGUGUCUCUCAGUGUAUUCCUGGUGUCUGUUGCGUUCGUAGUGUGUGCCAUUUGGCUGGUAGCUCUAUGUGGCGUCUGCACCUGGUGCCAACGUAAACUGGGGAAAAGGAAUAAGCCUGGGGUGGAGGCUGCCAGCUCUCCAGAUUCUGUGCGAGGUCGAGGGGAAAAUAAAGCCAUCAAUGAUCUAGACAGAGACUUUUGGAAUAACAAUGACAGCAGCAAUGUGCAACAGAGGUGGAGCUCCUACCCGCCCAAGGAGUUCCUCUUAAACAUGUCUCCCUAUGCUCCCUACGGAGACCCUCGCCUCACGCCCAAUGGGGCUGUGGAUAAGGGUGGGCAGGGCGGUGCUGGACCCUCACCGGGGGCCAGUGACAGCGGGGGUGGUGCGUGCUCUGGGAGUGGGGCGGGGCCCAGUCGCAGUGACAGCGUUCGAAGCAUGGUGACGGGGGGCAGCAAGGCCGGGCGCUGGCAGACGGUCCAGAGCCACAUGCAUGCCGGAGGCCUGCGGUUUGGCAAUUUCGGGGACGCUUCCCUCUCCUCUGCUUCCACCCUGGAGCACAUCCCAUCUUCAGCUGUGGCGCGCCCAAGGCCCCUGGUCCGGCAGCAGAGCCUCCAACAGCCCCUCACUCACCAGCCCCCUCCGGGUCCCAACGACCCCCCAGUCACCUCACAGAGCCUGGGCCAGCUGCACACAGGCCCAGGCGGCGGGGGCCACCGCGGGGGCCCACGGGGGGUCCGGGGGAGUCCGGCUGGAGCCUCCCGGUACAGAGGAGGAGGGGCAGGUCGAUCAAGGUCAAAUCCAGGCAGCUGGGAUCACAUGAUGGAGCAGAUCCGCAACAGAGGGCUGGACGUCAAGUCGUUCUUUGAGGGGAAGAUGGUUGUUCUGUCUCUAGCAAUCGGGCUGGCUGAACAGGAUGACUUUGCCAACCUCCCAGAUCUACAGGAAGCGCCAGCAAGCAAAGAAAAUGAAACCACACCAGAAAAGAGGACUCCCGGUAAUAAACCAGGCAGUAGCCCCAGAGGUCAGACCCCAGACGAAACCGGACGCCGCCACGAUGCCAACUCCUCUGUUUCUGACUUGGCCAACUCAGUCACCAGUGACAUGCUCAUGUUGUCUCCAGGUUCGGAGGAAGAUGACCACGAGGGUCCAGUGUGUGAGAAGCUGGGUCGUAUUCAGUUCAGCGUUGGAUACAGUUUUCAGGACUCCACCCUCACCGUCAAAAUUCUCAAGGGCCAGGAUUUGCCUGCUAAGGACUUUUCUGGCACCUCUGAUCCAUUUGUCAAACUCUACCUGCUGCCAGACAAGAAGCACAAACUGGAGACCAAAGUGAAGCGGAAGAAUCUAAACCCCCACUGGAACGAGACCUUCCUGUUUGAAGGGUUCCCCUAUGAGAAGGUGGUCCAGAGGACUCUAUACCUGCAGGUUCUCGACUACGACCGCUUCAGCAGGAAUGACCCCAUAGGAGAGGUGUCCAUCCCCCUCAACAAACUGGACCUGGCCAACAUGCAGACUUUCUGGAAGGAGCUGAAACCAUGUAGCGAUGGCAGUGGGAGUCGAGGGGAUCUGCUGGUGUCUCUGUGCUACAACCCCACAGCCAACACCAUCACUGUGAGCAUCAUCAAAGCCCGCAACCUCAAAGCCAUGGACAUUGGAGGCACUUCUGACCCUUAUGUAAAAGUGUGGUUGAUGCACAAGGACAAGCGUGUGGAAAAGAAGAAGACGGUGGUAAUGAAGCGCUGUCUGAACCCUGUUUUCAACGAGUCCUUCCCCUUUGAUGUGCCUGCCCACGUGCUGAGGGAGACCACCAUAAUUAUCACUGUCAUGGACAAGGACAGGCUCAGUCGCAAUGAUGUCAUUGGAAAGAUUUAUCUUUCAUGGAAGAGUGGCCCUGCAGAGGUAAAGCACUGGAAAGACAUGAUGGGUCAUCCUCGUACUACUGUGGCCCAGUGGCACGCUCUCAAGGCCUGAGGGACCCAGCAACCAACCUGCCUACAGUGUUUCUCCCCCCAGAAUUCAGCAUCAGCUGCUCAGCCCCUUCCCUCAGCACAUAUCCCCUACUCCCUAACUGCAGCCUUGGGCUGCAGAAACUGUGUGUCAUCUCUUUGUUCUCAGGCCUCUUUGAUAUCCCCUGCCCUCAGUCCUCGUGACACCAUCCUUAAAUUUCAUCCUUGUCAAGCUCUGAUUCUCACCUGACCUCUUCUCACCCCUUUGUCUGAACUUAAAAUGUCUUUGAUGUCUUUGCUCACUUCCUCCUUGUGCCCUCUUUCUGAGAUUUGUUUGGGUUUUUUUUUUCAAUAUAUCCCUUAGUCUUUCCUCCACUUUGUCAACCAUUCUCAGUGUUUAACGUCAGAGCAGUACCUCUUGCCAUCCAUCAGUACAAACUACCAACCAAAAAUGGAUCAAACAGAUUUUCCAACCAUCCUCUAUGGCAGCAAGAUGGGCUGCAUUCAAACAUGCACCUGAGUGUGAAUGGCGCUGACCUGUGCAACCCAUUUACCACCCACAUCUGGUGUUGCAGUGAGGAAUCUUCCACUCUGCUCCUCGCCUCUUUGUUCAAGUCCUCUUCUGUUACUGUCACUAUUCCUCCACGCUUUUAAAAUGCCCGAAAAAAUCAGGAAAACCGACGCAGGCAACGGAAGAGUGAUGGCCUGUAUUUAAAAUGGAAUUGGACUGGAACUGGACCCUGUCACUCAAGUCAUGUUUGAUCUUUUUCACUUUUCACUCUUUCUCUGGCACCACUGUAAUAAUUCUCCCUUGGCUGGAAACCUUUGUCGUCUGUGCGUGCUGUGGGUGAUGUGGUGUAACCCCAAAUGAAGUUCUUCAACAUCAACAAAAAAAAAAAAAAAGAAAAAAGAUAUGAACAUGAUCGUUAAACACCGGCCCAUUAGGGCAAGUGUCAAAAAAACAUUCUUUCCUAUUUUCUUGGAAAAGAAAUCCUGAUGGACAGAAAAAAGAGUAAAGUGAUUAAUGUUGUGUUUUAUUUUUUGGUUUUCAAAAGAACUUAAAGAAUCAACCUGUUCUUCCAGACAGAAAAUAAGCAAAAAGCUUAAAAAGCCAGCUUCCACAAGAGUGGAAGUGUAGGUUAAUGGGCGUGUGCAUGUGUGUUAGUGUUUGUGUGUGUGACAGAGGGAGUAUUUUGGACUUGCACAGCUAAAUUAAAUAUAUUGUUGAAAAUAGCAUUGUCCCUUGAUAAUGAAGGUGAAAAUAAGGUAUUGUUUGUGUGUUGAGAUGAGCUGAAGAUGUGGGGAGGUCACGAAGGUGAAAGAGUCAGUCCACCAAAAACUAUAGACUUAUGGUUUUAUGUGGUAUCAAACCAGACAGAUAUGUAUAUGUCGUGGGUUUGAGCCUCUGAAAUCACUGCUGCCACCCCUGAAUACAGAGGAGAUCACAAGGAUUUCAUUGUGGUGCUCACUGCAUUGGAAAUGGCUGUUGAAAAAUUCAGCAGCAUCUUGCCUUUCCAGGAACAAUCCACAAACCCCACAUAUUCAGUGGUUGAAAACAACAUCUAACCUGAGUAACCAGUGUAUUUUUUUAUUUUAUUAUUUGUGCAGACUGCAGUCAAAAGGAAAAAGCUAAACAGAGUCCCUUGAGUUAAGAUUUUUUUUUUUGGACGACUCGUUCCAAUGUUAAGAAUGAACACUCAGUUUUUUUGUGAAUUGAAUUGAAGAUUUAUGAAUGCAGGCAGUAAACAACUUUGUUAAGAUGGUAGUAUGUUGAAAAAUCAGAUGUAGAUGAAAUAAGUCACUCAGUCUAAAGUACUGUCCCUUGUCAACCAUUUCACAAUGUGUCAGCUGCAUUAAUCUGUGCAUUAAACCUAGAACAGGAACAAGCAUGACAGAACCCUUCUUUCUUUUUCAUUGUUACAGAGAACUAAGAGUCAAAGGACGAUGUUAGACCUGAUUUUGUGUAGUCUUGGUGGUUUUGAGUUAAAUACAGGUCAGUCUUCCAGUUGUUAGCUUCACUGCCUGAAUGUGACCUCCCCCAAGUCCCAUAUGGACACAUGUUCAGAGGAUGAAUGGAAACAAAUCAGAGUAAUAAUAUCUGGGGGGGAAAAGUCUUUCUACAUUCCACUGUUCGUUUUUGUCUACUGGAUGUGUGUAUGUGUGUGUGUGUGUGUGUGUGUGUGUGUGUGUGUGUUUGCACUGUGGGUGAGUGUCAAUAUUUGAACUUCAGUUUGUGUGAUUGUGUUUACUGUGAGUCCCUUUGUGUGUAUAUCUGCACUGAGUUCUAUUUUGCCAGUUUAAUACAAAACAACAUUGUUUACCGUUUUUAUUCUGUAUGAAACAAUCCAGAUGUACAAAGAAAUAUGUUUUUUUAAAGGUUGUCACUUCUUUGAGAAUCACUGCACUUGUUGACGACAAUGCUGGAACAAACCUCUCUUCAUAGCAGGGUCAUUGUCCUCAUGUGUGGUUCAGGAGGACGUUUGGUUUGGGAGGAGGAAAAAUCUGUUAUACAUGAGCUCCGAGUGAAGGUCAAACGAAAAAGGUCACAAACCAGCUUUACGCCACCCGAGAUAAAACCUGUUUCCUUUCACCACCAUACACCAGAUUUUGAGUUCAGACAGAAGCAGCUACCGACAUUUUGUCCUUUCUGUCAUUCCUAUCUGGUCCGACCUGAUUCGCCAAGGCCAAAAAAUAUGAAGGGUGGCUCCCUAACAUCACAGCUGACGUUCCCCCUUAAACACCCCCGUUGUGCACACAUGCUUUCUGGCACAAAGUGUUCUGUGUGUGCCUUAUGAACCCCGCCACGCCUUGCUCUUCACCAUAUGCGCUCCCUCUCCAAGUGUCAGUGAGGGGGGAGGAAAAAAAGGUGAGACAGGAGAUAAUCAUCACCUCUCUGCAUCACUGUUAGCUACAUCUCAGGUCAGAGCAGAGCAUCGGAGCAUCCCAAAAUAACCAGGAACACCGUCAUCUGUCUGUCCUGAUGGCCCUGUGUGUUAAACAAGGCAUUAUUUUGAAAGCUGCUGACAAAGCGUUACAUUCCAAAGGCUUAGUGAAAGUCACUUCAAGCAAUGCAACUUAAAUAUUGGUUAAAUGUCAGUCAGGGUUUGGUAUGUUUUAGUUUUAAGAAAUGGAGCUAGAAUCGUCUUUCUCCACUCCUCGCUGGCCUAAUACCACACACUGGUAAAUUUUAGCCGACAAGCUCGCAUUUCUGAUUUAGGGCAUUCUGCUUGAGACAAAGAGAGGUUAACCAGCAACAUUUUAAUUUAUAUACUGUACAAAUGAUGUGAAGUGUCCUGUAUGAAAAAAGAAAGAAAAAAAAAUCAUCCGUAUUUACUGGGGUUGUUGAUAUCUGUCUGUACUUGGUAUCACUCAGCCCCCUCUUUCACUCUCUUUUCUCUUUGUAGUCACACAUCCGUGGGGUGCACAAUGUUAAAUAUCAACCAUUUAUUUUUUUGAAAUCUGUACAGUGUAUAUAAAAAUAUAAAUGUGUAUAUAAAACAAAGAUACUUCUG